AUGGAAGAUAAAACGCAACACCGUGGCGCUUCAGAGAGGGCAGCCUUGCCGCUUUUGGAGGGAACUACGGCAGAAGGGAGGAGAGGGAAGGAGGAGAAGGAGGCUACGAGCUCCAGCACCGCUCCAGACGCUGUCCGGGCUGGGCAGCCGGCAGAGCCGGAGCGGAGCUCGCAGCGGCAGCGCCGCGUUCCUCCGGCCGGGCAGCGCCGCAGCGUUCGCCGCCCGCCCCCGCGCCCGGCUGCUCCCGCUCACCUUUCAGCGACCGGCUCAGCGCAUCUUCCUCCCUCCCUCUCUCUCUCUCUCUCUCCCGCAGCGGCUGCUGGUGGCGGCCCAGACUCCCCGGACUCGGCGAGUGCCCCGCACUGUUCGUCCCUCAGCCGGCGGCAGCUCCCGCUGUCACUUCACCCCCACAUCUCGCCGCCGGCGGCGGCAGCUGCUGCUCCUAAAUUCACGGCGCUCCGGCGGCAUGAAGUCAUCCUCCCCGCCCCCUCCGCGGGCCGCCGCACUCCGCUCCCGCCGCGGAGGGGGAGACGGCCCCGCCGCCCGGCAGCCCGAGCCCCGCGGGGUCCCGGCGCUCCAGCCGCACCGGAGCGGCCGCCGCUCCCUUCGGAACACCCGUGCCCGGCCGCCCGGGAGCCUGCGAGGGGCGGUGCCGUCUCCCGGGUGCGGUGGCGGUCCGGGGAACCCUCCCCAGGCACGGCGGCGGGAUGGGCCGCUCCGCCCCGCGCCAGCCGUGCCCUCCCGGGAGUCCCGCCCGGUGGCCGGGGCCCCGUGCCCGGCACCGUGUCCUCGCCGCCCGGCCGGCGGUACCGCGCUGAGCGGCGGGAGGGCAGCUCCUGCCGCACUGCAAGGCCGGGACCAAGGGAGAGCGUCCCCAGGGAGAGCUGUGUGCCUGGCUCUCGCCGUUUGAAGGAAAAUGCGCUGUGAUCCCUCGUGCUGAGUGCUGUGCACAUACUGAGUGACCGACAGGCUUGUAAAGAAGGCUGGAUUCCUAUCACAGUUCACAAUGCCAUGACCCAUCCCAUGUGCACGACAAGCAGAGCUAUGCUGGGAGGAGUCUUUGUUUUCCACUGGAAAUCUAUACAACAAGAACGAUAAAUUUCACUCAGGAAUGAUUUCGUCCUCAGCCGUGCCUGACUGUUAUGUGUCAUGCCACCAGUCCUGCCUAAAGGACCACGUUCUGCUCUUCCAUAGCAUAUCCACCUCCGUCAGGUCAAACACUAGAGCAGUGAAAUGUAUAGAAAGAUCCUCACUGAUUUGAGCAGGCUCAUGACCAGGCUGUCCCACUACCUGCUAGACACUGAACAAGGCCAAGAACAUUGAAUUGUGCUGAAGUGCCUGGAGAAGGACUUUGACUGUGUGCAGUAAAUAAACUAUGUGGGUCAAAUGGAGUAUUGAACAGAUUAUGGCCCCUGAGCACAAUACUCCCUGGCACUGAGUGAGAAACCACGGGGCCUUUGUUUUAAUAAGAAGAAUAGGUAGUUAUGUACUGAGAAGGACAGUGCUCACAUACAGAAAGGGCAGAGUUAAGGUUAUCUGGUACUUUUGUAGUAAGUGCUUCCUUUUGCAAACUUAAUGCUUUUUAAAUUUUGUUGCCAUUUGGAAGCUUUGUAAAGGCCUUCUUUGUCAUGUUAUCCAAAGUUAUUGUGACCUCAUUUAAAAUACACUGAAUAUCUUGAGUAGCUAUCUUAGAGCAACUUGACUUGUAAAAGGGGAUGAGCUUUAUAAAUAAACGGGUAAAUUAUUAAUGCUGUGUCAUAUGAGUCUAGACACUGGUGUUUGAGUAGGACCCUGUAAUAGCAAUAAAAUUUCAUCAGAAUCAGGAGAUCUAGGGAUCACAGUAGCAAUGUUUUUCAGCUCCAUUCCUAAGCUGGAGAAAAGUGUUCUGUCUCCUCUGUUACAUAUUAAAUUGUUGAUCUGCGGAUAUUUUUUCAGUCAUCUGAUGCAUCUGGAAGAACUGUCUUUUGUACUACAAGGACCACCUUUUAUAGAAUAAGUAAAAUUGGAAAGUUG